AAAACAUUUAUCAUGAUCACGGGAGACACGAGCAACGGACGUUAAAGUAAGAUCAAUCGGAAUCAGAGCUCGUCUCGAUGUAAUAGAAAGGCUCAACAAGACGUCGUCAGUGAGAGAAAGUCAGUAAACUGAAUUAUUGUUGGACUCAACCUUCAUCGUGUAACGUGCUUUGGGUUAGUUAGUUAGGGCCGUGCAGAAACUUGUGGUUGAUGCUCUACAGUUUAGUGACACAAAAUAUAUAGGCUAUGUAUUAUUACUACAAGUAGCCUUAUCUACAUUCCUCUCAUGGACUUAUUGUGCUGACAGGUCAUUCUCUCUUAAAGUUUUUAAAUCAAAACAACCUUGAAUUUCUGCGGCUCUGACGCACUGCUGCUGCCGGACGUCAUCGGAAUGCAUUCUAUUCGACACGUCACAGUACUAGACGCUGCAAACCUCUGUACUUUACUGAAACUCGUGACUUGUUGUCUACAGUCUACAGCUGUUGAUUAGAGUGCAGUUUUAUAGUCUACAGCUAUUGAUUAGUGUGCAAUUUUAUAUCUGUUUGGGUCUGUUUUUUAAUUACAGUUGAAUUGCACAAUACAGCUGUGUACGGUUUCAGAUCAUACAAUUUGACCUGUCGGAUUUUGGAUCAACGUACUAUUUUACAUCAUGAAUAGUAAAACAUUUCGCAGUCUCAGGCCCCUGGAACGUAAUAGUCCUGGACAACUUAAGAGUGGUUUAGACAUGCCUACACUACAACCUCAACCACCGUCUAAACUGCGACCUCAACCACCAUCUAAACUGCGACCUCAACCACCGUCUACAUUGCGACCUCAACCACCUCCUAGGCUGAGACAACGACCAGCGCCUCAACAACGCCCAGAAGAAAUUGAGAUAAAGAGGGAGAUCACUCGGAGUUUCCAUAACAGAAUUGUGCUGAGAGAAAGGUCCCGGAUGUCCAGCCAAGGGCAAUGUGUCAAGCUUCCUCCUAUCCCCGGCUCUUCCCGAGAUGACAGCUCAAACCUCAGCCAGAGAUUUGAAAGAGUCCUAAAAGACCAAGACAACCUCAUUAAGAGUUUUGUGAAUGAGCUGUCGGAGAUGGAGCGCACUUCUCAUCAGCAGACCAGGGACAAUCUGUUAAAGUUUCAUUUGAGUCAGGUGAAAGAACAAGCGCUCGACUUCAAAACCAGACUCGAAGAACUUCGCUCAGAGUAUUAUACUGAGAGGAAGCUGAUUGUUUCACAGUGCGAGCAGCAGAGUGCGUAUUUGAAGGAUGUAAUGUUUUCCAUUAGAAAGCACUACGCUAAGAUUGGCGCUGAGGCGAGACGUGACUACGAGGACAUUUGCAAACAAAUAAAAAAAAAGCACAAAGGGGAAUAUAAAACUGUGGAAACACCGAAGAAAGAGGUCACUGAAGAACUGAGGGAAUUCUGGAAGUGUGAUGAUGUUUCAUGCGAAAAAAAGAAAGAAGAAUCUGACUCUGCUUCUCGAGUUUAAAGAGGUGGAGACAGAUAAACAGUGCAUUCAGGAAUUGGAGGUCAGGCAAAAAUUCAUUUGUUUCUGUCUAAUUUGGACAAUCAUUUUUCUUCGUAAUGGAUGGCUUGAGGCAAGCAGGGAAGGAGCCAAAAGCAAGGUUUAAUA